AAGAUACUUUCGGCUCAAAUUUGUUGGCUGAGAAUUUCAAGUUUGCGCAAUGCUUUCUCGCCUGGCUGUGGUGUUGGCAGUUGCCAGCCCCCUACUUUCUCGUGCUGCCCGAGUGGCUGCUGAUAAGCAUGACGACAAGAAGGUUGAGGAGGAUCCCUUCGGCGACAUGCUGCCGCCCAUGGGUGGAAACCCAGUGGUUUGGUCGGCCUCCCACGGCCCGCCGGCAACAGUCAGCGGUGUGGCAGAGACCCCUGCAGUGGUCAUGGAGGAGGAGCGGAUCUUGGCGUCGGAGUCGCUGGUGGAUGAGCAGGUGGAGCUGAACCAGGAGGAGCGAAUGGAGGUGGAAUGUGUUGGCAUGGAGCACUUGCGAGAAGUUACCGACUACCAGAGAGAGCAGACGGAGGCCGAGACAGAGAUGAGGAACAUCCGCGCCUUCACACCCACAGAGGCGGAGCACAAGUGCAUGCCGCUGCACCUUCGCAACAAGAAGCUGCCAGGCCGACUCUUUUCGGACCGCGUCCGCUAUGCAAACUGCCCGCCAUUCCCCGAGCGGCUUGGAGAGAUCGUGGUUGAGGCAGUGCACCACACAGAGAACGCUGGCAAGCAACAGCAUGUGGUUCUUGAGCUGGUUGGCUGCACCAGUUGCGAGAACGACCAGACCGGCGAUGUGGAGUGGGGCGGACUAUUGGGCAUCGAUGAGACGGGCAACUACCGCGAUAUGUACCGAAGAAGCCGCUCCAUUACUGACAACUUCGGAAGCGCUCAUGCGGGCCUGGAGGGCCGAGUGCCGAUUGUGGAGACGCCGGUGAACCCGCGCGGCCGCACCAGCUAUCCCCGCACUUUUUCGACUGAGCAGACUCCCAGAGCGGACCAGAAGUAUGUGAAGAUCUACAAGUACAAGUACAGCUCCUUCAAGUUCGAUGCGUCCAUUCUGAAUGAGGUGGUGACCAUGGCCGGGGAGGCCGCGGGCAACCACUCCACGGUGGACGGCGCCUUUGUACACGCCCAUGAGGCGGAGGAGCUGAAGAUCCUCAAGGAGCUUCGGGAGCAGGAGAAGCGCAUCCCCUUCAACCACAAGCUGGAGCAGAUUCACAUGCAUAUCUACGUGUGCGACGAGUCCGGCCAGGGUCUUGCUUGCCCGGCGCAGCCCACAGAGACGCUGCUGGUCCACGACGCAGCCCUUGCCUUUGAUAGCUCCAAGACCUCCACCUUCGACGAGCUGGGCAAGCACUCUGGAAUGUGCACCUACGGUCCGUGCAUGACACAUUCAGGCAUGCGAAUGGGCAAGGAGAACCACGUCAUGACAUGGACCAUGUGCACGGGAUGCACGGAAGCGAGAUGCGGCUCCGCGAGCCGCGCGUCUCCGCGAUCAAGUGACCCCGCGCCCAGUGGGGAGUUCAACUGUCUGGUGGAGCGUGCUUACACCUCCACUGGGCACGUGGACUUGAUGUCCCGUAAGCCGGGCACCGGCGGCACGGAGGGCUCAGGCUUCCUCUUCCGAGGACGCGCCUCCAAGGGCCACGUGACCGGGCACAUCAACUGGCACCUUUCGGUGCCCCGAGCCGGACAUUGCGAGCCUUUCUUGCAAGACGUGGCGUAUGUGGGCAUCGGCGUGGAUGAGUGCGACAAGUGCCCCAACGGGGAGGUGGACGUGGACAUCGGCAUGGUGUUGCUGAACUGCCCUGAUGGCAACACCAAAGGCCUAGGCGGCGCGAUCCCCUCCCAAUGCAAAUAUGUGGACCACCAGAAUUUUGCGCACAAGACGAGCGGAUCCUCGAAUUACGCGAUCUCAGAAGAUGACCGCUCCGGUGAAGGGGAGGGCGACGAUGAAUGGGCCUACCUGAACUUGGCCAAGCUCAGACAGACCGGCGUGAGCCACGUGCUGAUCGUGGCCAACAUCUACGGCUGUGCCAAAAACCACCCGCCAAGCUCUGAAAUCGGCUGGCAGGACCUAGAGGGCGCCUUCAUGCGCGUGACCGGCUCCAGCGCGCACUCCAAGUCCUUUGAGAACGCGGAGACCAUCGGCUACGUGGACCUCGACGGCAUGCAGGGCACCGCCAGGAACGGUGCAGGCCUGGUGAUGUUCUACCUGGCAAAGGAUGAAACGUUGGCAGCGCCCUCUGAGAUCACCCGCACGGACGGUGCUGGCGGCAGUGGCAAGCACUGGAAGAUGGUGGUGGUGAAAAAACCCUAUUCGGGUUCGGUGUUGGAGAGCAGCAGUGCGCUCGCAGCCUUCGGCAUGAGCAGCAUCCGCAAUAUCGAGAAUGGAGUUUCUGAAGCGGCGGCGGACAUGAGUCUGCCCAACGCCUUGGCCACAGAACAGACGCGCCCCAGUGAGACCGCCACGGUGAUGGAGCUGGGCCCCGUGAUCACAGACGCCGAGACGGCGAGCAAUGAGGUCCACUUGAGUGGCGAGAGCAGCGCGGAGAGGAAGGCCAAGGAGAUGAACAACCAGGCGCUUUGGGACAACCUGGCGGCUACGUUGCCUGAGGGGCCUCCGGGCACCGAUGCCUUCUGCGUGCCGGGCCUAUCGGAGCGCCUCAUGUGACGCGCGGAGAGCCCAUGCCACUUUUGCCGGCGGCACUCGGAUUCGGUUCUCAAGCCGGUCAUACCGGACCCCCAGAACUUGGCC